AUGGGCAAGGUAGGACACUACUUGAAGACGCGGGUCACAGACCUGUUCCCGCGGCAUAGGUCUACGUGGGCGGAAUUCAAGUACACAAUGAACCCGUCCAACGUGCUGAAGAAUGUGAAGCUGAAAACAUGGCUCUUCAUCGCAAGCGCUUUCUUGGCCCUUACAGUCGAGGCGACUGACUUCUAUCUGGUGUCACUGAAUGUCGUGAGCAUCGCCCAGGACUUGAAUGUUCGAGAAGAUACCGUGACCUGGGGAAUUACGGUGGCAUUGAUGACGCGGACCAUCGGUGCGAUUGUUUAUGGUUACAUCGGAGAUCGGUUCGGGCAGCGGACCUCGUUUUUGAUCAACGUGGGCAUGAUAUCUGUGCUGCAGCUCGUGACAGGGUUUGCGACCAGCUUUCCAUAUUUCCUCGCGUGCAGGGCUUACUUCGGUAUCGAAUUGGGCGGGUGUUAUGGAACCGCCGCGACCCAAUGCCUGGAUGACCUGCCGCCGAGCGCACACAGCUGGGUGACGGGCGGCUUCCAGCAGGCGUAUGCCUUGGGGUUUUUGCUAGCCACAGUUCUGACGCGUGUGCUGGCAGACACUACGGCCCCCGGUUGGCGCAGCUGUUUCUGGUUUUUAUCAGGCGUCAGUUUCGUGUCGGUGGUGUUCAGGGCGUUCUUGGGACAAACCGAGGCAUUCAAAGAGCGCCAGAGGAUCAAGGAGGAGAGGAGAAAACGCAACGAGAAGGUCAGCACGCUGUCUCAGAUUCUGCAAUCCCUCAAAAAAGAAUGGUACAUUGUACUCUACAUGAUCUUCCUCAUGACCGCAUACAAUUUUUUUGCACAUACCUCCCAAGACCUUUUCCCAACUAUGCUGUUGAGACAGCUGGGUUACACGCCUAACCAAUCGACAGUCACCAACAUCAUGACAAACGUGGGCGCGCUGCUAGGAGGACUGCUACUCUCCCGCUUCUCUAGCGUGAGCUCUCGGCGGUUUAUUAUCCUAGUGUGUAUCUUUUCGGCGGUAAUCCUCGUCUACCCCUGGGGGUUCGUGCAGGGCCCCGGAAUGACUGCGUACGGAUUUCUCCUCCAAUUUUUUGUACAGGGCUCCUGGGGCCUUGUGCCCUUCCAUCUGCACACAUUGGCCCCAGAUUCGCAGACAAAGGUCUUUUUUGUCGGGGUUUCAUAUCAGAUAGGCAACCUGAUUUCAAGCCCAUCCUCCACCAUGGAGAGCUCCAUCGCUCGCAGGUUCCCAAUCGGGGUGGACGCCAAUGGCAAGACUAUAUACGAUUAUGGGCGCGUGAUGUCUUAUUUUGUGUGGGGCUCUACUGCUCUCAUGUUCAUAUCUGUGUUCCUAGGCCCCGAGUUCAAUCCAAACAGAGCACACGAGUUCGUCGACGACAUUGAGUCCGUGGACGAGCAGAUUAGUGAAGUUGUUGAAGACAAGCUUGAGGCGUCUCCAUCAUCCCAAAGCGAGCCCAUCAGUCUGAGUGUUCCCAAGAAGAUACACCAGACCGUAUGA